AUGCACCUGCCGUCACUACAGGAGCUGAUCCUGAACGAUAAUGGCCAAAUGGAGUCACUCUUUGACGGGGAUAACUCUACCCAUCAUGACAGCGUUCACUGUGACACUCUGCAGUCUGACACUGCUCCUCCAUUCCCCCCUCCUCUCCCCUCUUUGCAUUCCCUCACUGUCUCCAGCUGCCCUCGCAUCUCCCGCCUCCCUGCCUUCCUCUCCUGCUCCCCCUCUCUCCUCCACUUGAAGCUGCACGGCCUCUCUGAUCUCACUCUCCUCCCAUUUCAUAAUCCCUCCAAUGCUGAUGUAACGGGUGUGGCUUUAACGGGUACAGAUGAGGUAACUGGCGCUGUUGUAACCACCACGGCCGCUGUUACGAGUCCUGGUUUUGUCCCCGGCGUAGACGUUGCACAGGGCAGUGCUGGCGCGGCUGCUGCUACUGCUGCUGGGUUGAGAGUGUUUGGAGAGUCGCGCACCAGCUGUGCGGCGGAAGGGGAAGGGGGAGGGGGAGCUGUUGCAGCAGUGGAGACUGCGCAGACUGCGCGGAAGGGCGGGGGAGUGAGCAGGCGCGCAACGGAAACUAUCACCGCGAGUAAAGUUUCCGCCGAGGGGGACACCGCGCGCGCAUUCGGUCCACGGAGAAGCAGAGGCGGCGGAGGCGGGAGUGGGGAAGACGGAGAGGCGGAAAUUGGCGAAGCAAUCAGCGCAACCUCCCCCCUUUCCCCCAUUAUCGCGGUUGACGAGUUCUUCUCCCUCCCCUCGCUCGCGCUCCCCCCCGCUCCCCCGGGACGCGCGCUUGAGUCCCUAGUGUUCAUGCUGGCGGAAGCGGGAAAGGCGGAGGAUGAGGAGGAGUGGGGGGAAGAGGCGGAAGAUUGGGGUGAGAUCAACUGGGGGGAAGAAGGGGAGUGGAACGCGGGGGGAGAGGGGCAGGGGCAGCGGGAAGGGCGCGGAAUCGAGGUUUUUUGGGCCUCAGACGUUAGAAGCGUGCGGGGGGGCGAUGAAACGCCUCCCCCCGCCCCUUAUUCCGCCCCCUCUUCCCCCUCGCCCCCCUCGCCCCCCACUUCCGCCUCUUCCGCCCCUCUCCCUCUCCCUCCCCCCCAUCUGGUCCUCUCGCACCUUCGCUCCGCAUCCCUUGCGCCGUGCGUGCUCCUCCCCGCCGCCCCUGCCCUUCCUGGUCCGGGGGAAGGGGAGGAAGGGGUAGGCGGAGGGGCGGAUGGGAGAAGCGCGCGAGCAGAGAGGGAGGCGCAAGGGUCGGGGGCAGCGCAGUUCAUGCUGCUUGUGCACAUGCGGCCAGGGACAGCUGGCAACAUCCCAUUGCUCAUGCUGCACGUGUACAUGCGGCCAGGGACAGCUGUCAACAUCCCAUUGGACCGCACUCAGUCCGCCCUCAUAUACGUGCUCGAGGGCGUGGCGAUGUUUGGUCCGAGAGGAGAAGCCGUGUUUCAAAACGAGGGGCACUCCCUGCUCUUCCCUGCAGCACCAAGUGGCGCGUCAUCUGUCACGUCAGACGCUGUGUCAGAGAUGGAUAAGGAAACAGAUUCCACAGUGGGUGGUGCAGCAGGCGUGGGAGCAAGGGGGGAUGAGGAGGAUUGGAUUCGGGUGGAGUCGCACAGUUGGGGAGGAGUAGAGUUUGUGCUCGUAGCGGGCCAAAGUUAG